AUGCACCCGUGGUUUGUGGUUGUUGCAGCUGCUGAUUGUUUCGUGGCUGCCGCCUCCACGGCGGAUGUCACAGCCUGCGCUGUGACAGGGUCGAGUGUGCUGCAGCACCGCGCCCAAAAAUCCUCGGCCGCAAAGGCUGAUCCAGAGUGCCAUCGAGCUUCGUUGUUGAGCGGCGGAGCGGUUGGGCGUGGAGAUUUUGAGACUGCAUCGGGCAUUGCCUACAUGCAUGGUUCACUUUCCAACUUGGGCUUCCAAGCGAGUGACGUCCCGCUGGUAUGCCCUUCGAACUAUGCUCUCCUGAAUGAUUUCCGUGAGGGCAAGGUCUAUCAGCAGUGUUGUCCCAUCGGCAGCCUCGCAUGUGCUGGCUGCGAACGCUACGACCAUACAACAGACUCCUGCCUCGAGUGUGCCGCCGGCUUCCGCCCUUUUGCCCCGAUGUCAAGUGGUCCCGGUCCUGCAUCCCAACAGAUUUGCCAGCUUUGUACUGAUGUCCCGUGGGCCGAUGCUCGUGGCUCCAGCUGUGCUGAGUUUGAGAGGUCGGGGAUGUGCCAGCUGGGCAGGGCCUACGAUGUGAACACCGUGAAUCAGGGCCUGCUUGCGGCGGAGGCCUGCUGCGCCUGUGGGGGUGGGGUCCGUGGAGCUUCUUCCUUUGCCUACGCCGCUCUCCACGUGCCAACGGGCAAAACCCACGUGGACCUGCGGCCCUUGCCGCGCCUGGAUGCUACCUACCUCACGGAGCAGUGCAUGGUGCACCAGCUGAACUUGACCAUGGACGGCCGAACCGGCAAGGUAUUCGGUGAAAUGCACUCGCCAGAGCCCCAGACCAUCGCCUGCCAGAUCACUGCUACAGCCUCGCGGGCACCAGGCUCUGAUGCAAUCAUACCGGAAGCCGUAGCGAGCCUUCAGAUUCGAGUGGUGCACUUCGCGUACAGCGGCAGUGCCCUGACCUUUACCCACCAGAAUCAGACCUUCGCUCCGGCAUUUCAUGGAUUCUGGGAUCAGUUCGAGCUCCGCUGCACGCCAGACUUGCCCUGGGCACAGAUUGACCAUUUGGGCACCAUCUCGCAGAACAGCAAGCCACCCAUCCCGCGCACUGCCGGCUGUACAGUCAGCGCCAAGGGGUGCUUGGAGGGUGAGUGGGGCAACUGCACCAUGGUGACACGGUCUACGGAGACCGUGCUCGUGGCUGCCAACGAGCCUUCUGAGCUCUUCCUGGUCUCAGAGGCCUCGCGCAAGUGGGUCAAGGUCAAUGAGGUGAGCCUCGUGGUUGGCCGAUCCACGACGAGCUACCGCCUGUCCUCCGUUUUGAGCUCUCAACAAGAGGCCGAGAUCGACCCGCCUGUGGCAUACCACGUGGAGUGCGGCAACGGCACCCGCUUUGAGGCCCGGCGCGGCGUCUUGACCAAGGACGGGCUGGACGUGUUCCACCUGACCAGCUUGGGGCGGUUUGCCGGCGAACCGGCGGCGGAGUUGCUGAAGCACUGCCGAGCCUCGCAGCCUCGGUGCCAGCUUCGCCUGUCCUGCCGUGCCUAUGGCGUGCUCCCAUUCAGCAAGCAGCUCCUCCGGGCCGAUUUCUUGGUUUCAGUCACAGACGACACAUGCUGGACGAGGGGUCGGCCGGAUGACUUUGCUCCGCUGAUCGCGCUCUCCCAUCAAACGUCGACUGUCAGUGCCGUGAGCGAUGCCAACGCCACGACUUCGAGCAGUGCAACAGUCGCCCAGUGCCGUGCCCUGUGCCGCAUGGACAAGACCUGUGCAGCUGCGGGCUUGGACCUUGCAGGCAAUUGCUACAAAGCGGUGCGUACGGUGUCCACUACCUCAAACCUCACUUCCAUUCACGUGAAGGUCACGGACUGUGACCCUUUGAAGCAGUGCUUGAUGGUCGCGGUCCCUGGCGAGGCAUACCUGUCCGGCCAGUUCUGCCCGGUGGAGAACAGAAUGCAGCUGCCAGUCUACAGCAUGGACGGAGUGACCGACGAUUCCACGUUGUAUCUUCACAAGUUUGAUCACCUCUCAGAAGCAGCUCCGGAGCAGUGUGGCAAUCCGUUCCGCGAUGCUUGGGUGAUUCGGCGAAAGUCUGCGAGGGACUUUGUCGGCGAUAGCCUGGAGCUGCGGGGUCCGAUCCUUUGGUGCUUCUCUGACGACGUGGUGCAGCAGGCUUUCGACGUUGAUGGCUAUGCCGAUGGCAGUUACCCGUCGCCAGACGAGUCACGCCAGCAGAACGCGAACGCGUCGAACAUGUCGAGAGUUGUCGAGGUGAAACCCUGGGUCUUCGAGUGCAAGUCUCCGCUGCAAGACCGAGAGGAGUUCCGUGCCGCCCAAGGUCUACCAGAGCAGUUUCCGAACCCGGACGAUGCCAAGCGCAUCUUCCGCUUCGACGACUUAACGACCGAGUUGAUGGACGACCACUCCCUUGGCUUCUGCGAGUGCUUCCCUGGCAACUAUGGCGACAGCUGGCCUGUUACUAGGCAGGCCUUCGAGGCUAUGCCACCGGGCUCCGACAAUGCAUUCGUUCCCCCACCUCAGCUGCUGGUGCAUGGAGCCGUGACCUGUGAAGUCACCGCCUUGCACAGCUCCCAUCAGGACGUGGGAAGGCAGGAUUGCGAGGUGCUGGCCAAGCAGGCGCAUUUGGAGUUCUUUUGGGUCGGGGAGUAUGCAGGCAUCUCGCUCUGCCGCCUCUACCUGACCUGCAACUCCUUACAGGUGGAAGUCGGUGCCGAGGGCCAGUUGUUCGGGCUAAGCUUUCAGGAGGCUUGUGCCAUCGCUAAUCCGGAAGAGUGCUGGGACGAGAAACGCAGGCUGUUCUUGACGGGCUUCCAAACUUCGGUCCUCGGAGGACGUGCGGAAUUGCAAAGUGGCGAGGUCCCAUGCCUCUUUGAGGAGCAGCUGAAGCAGUGCCACCGACUGAAGCGCUUGCAGAUUCCUGGUGUCGAGAGCUGUGACACGUGCCGCUUUGCUCCAAGCACGUACCGUUCUGAGCGCCAGCCUUUGAGACCUAGUUUCCCUGCCGGCACGGCCCUGCGGGUCUCCUGCCAUCCCGACCUGUACCGCAGCUUUCAUCACGAGGUCCAGAUUAGUGGAAUGUCGAUGACCUGUGUGAACGGCUACUGGAUGACGGAAUUCGGAGGAAUGUCUAUGAUGGACCUGAACUGCCAGAUCGGUGUGCAGAUCACGGCAAGAGAGCCGUCGAGUUUCCUGGAGUACUCUCGAGCCCAGCGUGGGGAGGAAUGGUUCGAGGCACACUACGGAAAGCAGGUGCGCUCCUGGGAUGGCAAGUGCCUGGCCCCCGACCACUGGGCCGGUGAGGCCGCCGAGGCCAUCGACGUGCCGCUCGCUGUGUCCUUCGCGGCCUUGGAUUGGGGCCGGGUGGGCCACGCACAGCUCGAGGCCGGCUCCACGAUCUCUCUUUGGAACAUGCAGGCCAGACGUUUCUUGAGUGGCAACACUGCUGGCUCCGUUUUCGGCUCUUCGUCCCGACAGCAGCUGGACUGGGCCGGUUUGGAGGACGAGAUCUCUUUCCUGGUAGUGGCAGCUGGCCACGGCAAGGUAGGCCUCUACAACCAGCCCAGUCGGCGCUUUUUGCAGGUCUCCGACCGGCAGCUCAAGCUGUCCGAGUGUGUGAACUGGGAGCAUCUCGCCCAAAUGGACGGCAGCGUGGUUUUCAAAGCCGUGGGUAGUGAUAGCGGGCAUCUCGGCCUCUGGAACGUAGCGCACCGACGCUUUGUGACCCUCAAUGGUGCCGCAGCUCGCGCAGAGAACUGCUCAGAUUCAGGCGACGCCUGCAGCAGCUUGAGCAAGCAGAUGACUUCGGCGCAGACUUUUGUGGCGCAGACGCUUGCCCACGAGUUUGCCUUUCACCUUGGUGGAUAUGGCUGUGGAGCCGCCGGCGUUUACUUCGAUAUGACAGACUCCAACUGCCAGCAGCUCUGUGGUUCAGACCGAAAGUGUCGCUACUAUACCACUUUUCAUUCCGGGCGCUGCCAGCUGGCAGAAACCUGCGAGCCAGUCCUGGAACCCCGGGCCAUGACCUUCGCCAAGGCCCGGCAAAGAGUGGCAAGCGGCGGCAACUCGACUUCAAACAGCGAGAUGGCCAACGAAACAGUCAGCCUGGGCACCUCUCUCCUCGACUACAGUGAGGCAGAGGUUGUUGAGGUUGAUGGCAGGCCAGCCCAGCCCGCUUUUGCCACUCUUGCUAAUUUGUCGACCUUGCAAACAGCUGUCAACUUGUCCUGGUAUGGGGGCAUGAUGCGCGAGCCCGCCUACAGCAACGACUGGCAUCGUUGGUCAUGGGGACCUGCCAGUGCGAGUUUCGAUAAACGCAUGAACCAGGAGCAGUUCCAGCAGUAUGUCACAGACAACGAUUGGGGCACGGCGAUCACCAUGCCCAGAGACUUCACGGCGAUGCGUGUAGAGUGCGACAUUCCCGGUUUCGCAUGGUGGGUCAACCAUGGUGGGACUAAGAAAUACAACGGAUACGGCGGAAUUGUCCAGAUCCAGAAGUGCCCGGAGCUUCUGUGUCCGGAGGGGGAGGUCAUCGAGCAGCUCGCGUUUGCCCAUUACAGGUUGGAGGCGCGUUGCCGCAAGGUGUGCGGCUUCAAGUUCGACGAGUCUACUGACUGCCAUUGGAGCAUUUCCACUGGAGAUACGGACAACUGGGGCUUCUGGAAACAUGGAAAAUGGGGAUCAAGGCAGCGGAGGAUGGACGGCCAUUACGGCUGGCUCGGACAGGGCACGUGGUAUUGGGCAGGGAUGCCGGGGAAUAAGUUCUUUGUCGGCAUGCGAUUCUCUGCGCCGUGGAAUGGCUGGGAGUUUAAGGUUUGCUCUGUGCCGGCAAAGUACAACGUAAAGUAUGUUGCCUUCCACGAAAGAUAUCAGUACGACGUGGGGGGUCAACAUAUGUAUCUUGACCACUUUCCGGCGUUCGUGACUGAUUGGGCUUUGUUCCAGUACAUUCCUCGCCCUGAAGAGGGCUUGGGCACGUGGGGUUGGCGAGAAGACAAUCUCAACGUGAAGUACUAUUGGCGGCUUCGACGAUCGCUCUGGGCCACAAAAACGCCCGAAUACGUGGAUGGAUGCAGCACCUGCCCAAAAGGAGAGAUUCCGGUCUCCCCCGGAUCACAGGAGUGUGAGCCCUGCGGCACCGGCUUGUACACCAACUUUGAGGGCUCCGCCUCUUGCCUCACCUGCAAUGUGGGCUACGCAUCCCGGCGGCGGCGUGCUACCAGUUGCGAGCGCUGCCCAGCCGGGAAGUACCAAGACAACUUCCUGCGAAUGCAGGACUUCAACUGCAAGCCCUGCCCGAGUGGAUAUUUCUCUUCGAGCACGGCCGCCGCCUGCUCGGCAUGCCCGGCUGGGCGAUUCGGGUCUUCGGAGGGGCAGACCGCCUGCGAGCCGUGCCCUGCUGGCCUCCAGUCCUUCGAGGGCUCUAAGGCCUGUUUCGAGGAUUGCCCAUGCAGCCCGGACCUGUCCUGCAGCUGCCACUUCGGCGACACGCUUUCCUACAACAUCACCGUGCCAGUGCAUAAAAAAGGAACGCAGUACGAGGUGCGCAUGACCUUCUUGGACGAAGUCACCUCCUGUCGAUUUAUGGACCGCCCUCUCGCCGAGCUUGCGCAGCAGAGCCUUUGCAACGAGUCGGUGGAGGCCAACGGCUGGGGCUACCGCGGAUGCCAAGAUCACACGGCCAGCGGGCGAGUGUGCUUGCCGUGGCAAGCUAGCCUUGCUCGACUGGAGGCAAAGCGGAGCAAUAUCAACUCGAGCGAAGCUGGUUUAGGAAAUCAUUCCUUUUGCAGAAAUCCGGACAACUCCUCGACUAUCUGGUGCUUCGUGGACGACCUGGACGUGGCAUGGGAGUAUUGCCAGCCUAAGGCUGAGAAAGUUUUCCAAACCACAGUGUUCGUAAUGGGAAACCAAAGCACGGUUCUGCGGCUCAGCGGCGAGCGUGAGACUUGCCGUGGGCUUCAGGAUGUGGCUGUGAUCCAUCCCAUGAAAGCACAGUGGGGCGAGUGCCGUUCGGGCAGCCGGGACACGUGGCGCUUCCUACCGGUGCCUUCAGCGCCAGGGCGCGCUUUGCUGGAGUUUGCAGGCAAUGGGCGACCCCUGUGCGUUGAUGCCGGUAAUGGGGCUAUGGUAUCAUGCUAUGAGCACGAUCUUCGGCAGCUGGUUCCCAUGGAUGCCUUGCAUGAGCAUAUCAACCGCUGGACGAUGAAAGAGCACGGCAAUGUGGAGCACUUCUGCGGCAUAGACCAGUACUCCCUGUGCUUCCCGGUUUCUGUAGGCACAAAGAACGCGCUGGACCUACUCGUCGACAUGGGCCAGGUGGGGGACCCCUUCAACCAACACUUCCUGUCCAAGAUCCAGCUAAAGGAAGUUGAAGGCAACAAGUUUCGCUACAGCUACUGGAUGGCGAGCAUGGUUUUCGAGGAAUCCAAAUGCCACGUCUUCCAGACAGACUGCGCGCGGGCCACGGAUUCCGAUCUAUACCAGUUGGAGGCGCACCGUGUGCAGUGCUCCCCCGGUCAAGCACUGCAACAUGUGGCCCUGCAAGCGUGCAGUGCAGGCUACGGCUACAUGUACCAGUUCCGCUGCUGCGAUGUGGAGGGUAUGGGGGGCUGCGAGUUGGAGCUGACCCCGUGGACGAAGCGCGAGAGCUCGCUGAAAGGUCGAAUGGAGACGUUGGCGAAGCACGUGAUCGGUUGCAAGGAUCACUGGAUCUUGAACCACUUCGUGCUGGAGGCCAAAGACCCAGGUGAGAGCAAGUCGGAGGUCCGUUUCCUAUACACCUGCUGCCAAGUGGCUCCUCACGAGCCCAUCUCGAUUGUUGGAGAGCAUGACCCGAUUCCAGAGUCGUUUGGUGACUUCGAGGGCAUGUACUACCCAACGGGCCGCGUGGAGGGCCGGCUCCUCUACGAGCCUAGGUACCAUUUUGAUCGGAGUCAAGUCAGCACGGUGCGGAAUUUCAGCUACGAGCGCCACAAGGGGCAGUGGUGCCUCUUCUAUGAGGGCUCCAACAAGACCUGCGUCGACCAGGCCCCAGCCCACGUUCUGCAACUCGAAGUUGACGGCCAGGACCCCUUCGAGGUGGCAAGUGUGGGCCCGAUCAAGAGCAAGCAGGAGCCUGGGGCUCCGAUGAAGGAGCUCAAGAUCGUCAAGUUCAAGAAGCCGCCAAUGAUGACUUCGUUCAAGCUUGAGCGACUUGAGCUGGAGGAUCAGGCCAUCGAGCACUUCAAGCCUACCAAGGAGCUGACAGGCUACGAUAUCGACAUGGUGGAAAAUUGGAUGCCAGACAACCCCAACUAUCGACCUUACUGUGCCAUGCGGGACCCGAAACAGUGGGACAGUCUCGCAGAGAUGGACCAGGAGGAGGAGUCUGGAUGGGGGCUGGACCGCCGAAACCAGCUGGGAGUGCUCAACGAGCCAGAGAACCUGGAGCGAACUUCCGAGGCAUCCUCCUCCUGGCACCCCUGCUACCACUACUUUCACGAUGACUCCCGAGUCAAUGCGGCCACGUGGCAAACAGAUUUCGAUGUGACCCGGCUGCUCACCGUCUCUGACUUCGCUGACAACAUGAAGAAGGCCACAAGCCAAGCGGUCGCAAAGCGCAAGGAGCAGCGAGGCAAGAAGAAGGACAAGGCCAAGGAGAGUAAGAAGGAGAUGGACGAGAAGAUGGAGAAGAUGGAGAACCAAGGAACCGAAACUCCAUCUGCCUCACCGUCACCCUCACCUUCGCAAAAAUCAUCAUCGGCCUCGCCGUCGCCAUCUCCGCCCUCUCCAGAGCCCGAAGACUCAGGAGACGACGAAGAGGAGAUCGACAUCUACGAAGGAAUCGACAGGGAUCUGCUCGAAGCGGACCCUAUGGAGAAGGCCAUGACCACUGUGACCGCAGCUGGAACAGGUUCCUCAGGUCCGGUGAUCUUUGGCAAGUCGCCUGAAGCCUUGGAGGCUUGCGCCACCAGGCGCAAUGUCCGGGGAACGGCGCUGGCGCAGAAGGAGAUGGAGCAUGAUGCGCGGCAACUCUACCUGGACAUGGCAGCGACGACUGCCUCUGCGCUGUGUGGGGUGAUCCCAGAUGUGGAAGGACUUACUGCGCCCUUGGGGAUGGGUGUUGGCUUCCUGGCGCGGUUCGGGGACAUUUGCUCAAGUGUGGUGGAGGGAAUCAGCGAGGGCAUCAACUUCGGCUUCAACAGCUACUGGGUUGCGUGGCAGGGCUACUAUGGCGAAAACGAGGCCAUGGACAGCUGUGCAGACUACACGGAUGGAGCCAUGUACAAGGCCUUCUGCGAUCUUCAUUGUAUUGAGGAUGAGGUGCUGAAAGGCAAUGCGGCCGUGCUCAGGUCCAUGAAAACCCAAGAGACCCAUGUCAUCAGCACUCUGCAUGAUAUGCUCAAGUGGUACACCACGGAACUCUUCGACAAGUUGAAGGAGACACAAGAUCAGAGCGCCCAGAACGCCAAGGAGCAGGAGCGCGUGCAGAAGGCUUAUUUUGAGCAGCUGGCCACGAUGCAGACCGACUACGCGGGUCAGCUGAACACGCAGAUUGACCAGCUCGGGGUCGACAUCAACAGCCGAUUCGACAACAAUGUGGUUGACCCACUCAAUGUGCUGCAAGAGCACCUGAAAACUGUGAACGACAACUUGAUGAGCCUGGGCAAGUGGCUAGCAGACCGGCCGAUCUUCGCCGCGGACGAUGCCGGCUGGACACCCCCAACCUCUGUCCUGGACGUGUCGAGUGUCCCCAAUGUGUCGGCGCUGGUCCAUGAAGCCUAUGCUGAAGCGUAUGCCCAUGUCGCAUCAGUACAUGGUGAGGUGCUGGAGCUCUCACAGGCGCUGCGUGGGGCGAUGGGCCGCGAGGUGUCCAGAGACGAGCAGAUGCUGCUUCCCUUGCUUUCCCGCUUAGCCUCAGAACUUGCAGGGCUGAACGCCACCGCGAGGACAAAGGACGAGCUGAAAGGGCCACCCAGUUCACUGCGGGCGGCAGCGCGCACCCUGCGCCGCUACCGACAAGAGCUGUCCGGGCUGCCCUCAGAGACGCUGAGGGAGACGUUUCAGCGGCGGACCAAGAAGAGCCUUCAGCCUGCGUUGCGCCGCUUUCGCAAGCAAGCAGUGCUGGUGGCGACCUUGUCCUCCAGCCUGGUCCAGUUCGGCAUCAGUCCCAAAGCAAGCCAGAUUGGUGAACCUACGAGCAGCUUUUGGGCCAGUGCAGACAAGGCGGAAAAGUACCAGGACUUGAUGAUGCUGAUCCACCGCGACGUGAGCGAGUAUGUCCAGAAAGCGAGGGUCUUUGUGUCCGCCCACAAGGACACUUUGGCACAGCUCCUUCCAGUCGGGGACUGUGAAGCGAGCGUUGUGGAUGUCGGUCGCCAGGUGGCAGAGAUGCGACUCAAAGAGCAGGAUCACGUGGUAUCUUUGCUGCGCACCUGGCGGUCUGUGUCUCAAAACCUCGACUUCUUGGCGAACCUCGUGGUGGACGGAGGAUUUUUGGAGGCCCAGCUCUUCCAGUGUGCGGACGUGGAUCAACACACCACAAAAAGCUUGCGCGAGCGGCUUGCCAACGAAACGACUCCGCAGCUGCAGAGCCUACUACCUUUUGCUCAGGAGGCUGUCAGCAGCAACCUUUUGCGGAUGAAGCCUCUGAUGCAGCACAUCUCCCAAGCUUUCGACCUCAGCCAGUUUCUAGCCGACAUGUGGGUCCAGGGCUCUUUCGAAGUGCCGAAGGAGGAACUGGAGCUCGUUCAAGGCGCUUGGCGUCGCGUCAUUGGGGCAGCACGGCAACUCCUCGGGGACGCGAGCUACGGGAACUUCGGAGGGUCUUUGUCUCUUGCAUUGUUGCGCAACGCGCUGGAGAAGGUGGUUGAUGCGGACGUUUUCAGCCCUCCUGCACCUUGCAACGAUGGCAAGCACCUCUUGUGGAAGCUGCAGCCAGGUGGUGACGCCAUCGUGCUGAACAUCAGGAAUCAGUUCAUGGCCUGCAGCCUCACCACUGGGCACUUAACGACCUUAGAAAGCGAGCCAUCCUUCGUGACGCUGGAUGCCUUAGCAGUCUUAAUGGAAGUGUUUCACACAUCUUCGUAG